GGGGCUCGGUCGUCCCCUUGACCCGUUAGGUUAAAUAGGGGCCAAGAUUUUUUAGACGCCAUUCCUCCUCCACUGUCCGCUUCUUCGGCCCCUUCCGCCGCCAGUACCGCUAUUGCCACUACCGUGCCGCGUGCCGACCAUUAUUCCGCCCCCUCCCGUCUUCGUCGACUGGCGCCCGAAGUCGCCCUCAGCUCCCUCCCACUUUACCGAUGCCCUCCUCCUUGCCGUUCUCCGUCGUCAACUUUGCCUCGAUCGCCGGGGAUGGCUUCAGGGAGACGGAUCGGGUUGACCCGUCAACCCGAUGGGUCAGGUCCGCUGACGGAUCGAAUCAAAUUCCGAGCUUGAUCGGUAGAUGGAGAGCCCGCGCCUGGUUUGGACUAUUGCGCUGCUGUACCUGUAUUCCGCAUGGCCAGAAACCAUACGCACCUUACGUUGGAACAGGACAAAGACCGAACAGAACGCCUGGCCUCUCCUUUGCCUCGCUUCAUCUCAAUAUGGAAGUAUACUUUUGUUUUAUUCGUGAAAUGCCUCUCCCGAUUUCGAUGUCCUUUCUGAUCCAUAUACUCUAAAAGAUAUUAUGAGAUGGUGGAUUCGUAACACCUCGAACAAAUCGCGAAUUCAGUGUGCGAAUAAAAGGAGGAGCUUGUAAGCCAUAAGAAAAGGAUAAAAUAUUCAUGGCCCAGAGGCAGAGAGAGACUUGGAAUACAGAGAGUUCUGAGGCGUCCGCUGAUCUCAAUGAUUACUUCUCCUCCCCUUCUCUCCCUUCUUGUGCAAUCCAGCAACCACAUUUUGCUCCCAGAUCUCCUGACGGAGGAGUUAAAAGUGGAAACAAAAACUUCCUAGGAAUUGGUCAAAAUAACUCAGACUGUCCUCAAAUGGAGGAAGCAAUGGACACCAAAAAAAACUCUUAUCUUGCCAAUUCCUUCUCAUCACCAGAUGGUUCUUCUGCUCCAGAUUCUAAAGAGGAUAAUGGGAAUCGACAGCAUGGAGCAUUAGACAAGAAUGGCAAAAUUCCAUUUCUUACUAAUGAUCUGAACACUUCAACUCUAGACCAAAGAGGAUAUGUUGUAUCAGAGAAUAAACCAGUAAUUAAACUUGAGGGUGUAAGGGUUGAUUUACCCAAUGUUCAUAGAAUGUUGGAACCUUAUUCUUCCAAUGAAUCAAAUGAGCUUGGGACACCACAAAAUGGCGUAUCAGAGAAUUUAAAGAAAUAUGAUGCAAGCCGAGUACUUGUUGAUACUACAGCACCUUUUGAAUCUGUUAAAGAGGCUGCAACAAAGUUUGGAGGGAUUGCUGAUUGGAAAGCACAGAAGACCUUGAUCACAGAGAGGCGCAAGCAAGUCCAAUUUGAACUUAAGAAGGCACAAGAAGAAAUUCCGAAGUACAAAGAACAGCAUGAAGCUGCUGUAGCUGUUAAAGGACAAGUGUUGAAGGAGCUAGACUAUACAAAGAGACUGGUAGAGGAGCUUAAACUGAGCCUGGAGAAAGCAGAAACGCAGGAAGCACAAGCAAAGCAGGACUCCGAACUUGCUGAUCUAAGAUUGAAAGAAAUGGAGAAAGGAAUUACUAAUAAUUCAAGUGUUGUAGCCAAGACACAACUAGAGGUCGCCAAAGAAAGGCAUGCAAGUGCAGUUGCUGAGUUGAUAUCAGUAAAGCAAGAGCUGGACUCAAUGCAAAGAAGGUAUGUUUUAUUAGUUCAUGAAAAGGACAUUGCAAUAAGGACAGCUAAAGAAUCUGUUUCUGCAUCAAAGAAGUUAGAGAAGACUGUUGAGGACCUAACACUCGAGCUCAUCACAACCAAGGAAUUGCUUGAAUCUGCUCAUUCCGCACAUCUUGAAGCCGAAGAACAAAGAAUUGGUGCAGCCUUGGCAUUGGAGCAGGAUAAAUUGAACUGGGAAAAGGAAAUGAAACAAGCUGAAAGUGAAUUACAACAGCUUAAUGAGCAACUCCUUGCAACAAAUGAUCUCAAGUCAAAACUAGAUAGAGCUUCUUCAUUACUGGUUAGUCUAAAAGUUGAACUAGCUUUAUACAUGGAGUCAAAACUAAAUCUGGAGGUCAAUAGCACACGAGAACUGAAUCCGAUAGUUCAGACAGGAGACAUCAAUGAGACAGAAACAAAUGUUCAAGCUGCAUUAGCGACAACCACAAAGGAACUCGAGGAAGUAAGGUUCAACAUUGAGAACGCUAAUGAUGAAGUCAACUGUUUAAGAGUUGCAGUUUCUUCACUAAAGUCUGAGCUGGAAAGAGAGAAAGCAUCUCUGACCACGAUGAGACAGAGGGAAGGCGUGGCAUCUGCAUCAGUCUCAUCUCUUGAAGCUGAGCUCACUAGGAUAAACACUGAACUAGAACUAAUUUUGAUCAGAGAGAAGGAAGCCAGAGAAAAAUUGGUGGAGCUGCCAAAGGCACUGCAGCAAGCAGCUGAGGAAGCAGACCAAGCUAAAUUAAUAGCUGACUUGGCACGUGAAGAUCUGAGGAAGGCAAAGGAAGAAGCAGAAUAUGCCAAAGCUGGAGCUAGCACACUGGAGACAAGAUUAAGUGCUACUCUUAAGGAGAUCGAGGCAGCUAAAGCAUCAGAGAAAUUGGCCAUCUCAGCAGUCAAAGCAUUGGAAGAAAGUGAACAAGCAAGCAUGGAGUGUGAGGACUCAUCAAAUGGAGUAACUCUACCAAUUGAAGAAUACUACAGACUGAGCAAGAAAGCCAACGAAGCCGAGGAGAUUGCUAACAAAAAGGUAAUUUCUGCCAUCGAGCAAAUGAAAGCAGCCAAAGAAUCUGAGUCAAGGAGUUUAAUACAACUGGAGGAAGCAAAUAAGAGGAUCAAGGAGAAGAAGAAAGCACAAAGAGCUGCAGUAGACAAGGCUAAAAAGGCAAGGGAGGGCAAGCUGGGUGUGGAGCAGGAGUUGCGAACAUGGAGAGCUGAUCAUGAACAGCAGAGAAGAUUGGGUGGCAUCCGUCGAAGCUUCUCUGAUUCUUCGAACCUUGUCGCCCUCGGAGACACUGAAAGCAUUGCCAGUGAAGCAGGUAGUCAAACAAGAAGUCCGAGGGUGCAUAUGGCACGAUCAAACACAACAAAUGCCAUGCCUGACUCAGAACGGAGGCCACGAUCAUUCUUUCCCCGGAUAGUCACGUUCCUAGCGAGAAAGAAGGUUCAGUCAUUGAAGUAAGACAGAAGCACAUACAUCUUGCAAUGCACUUGCAAUUCUGCAUUGUGUUGCAUGUAGGACCUGCUAAAUAUGCUGCAACUAGUUUCAUGACGUCGAUAGAACCCAUGGAAUUCGGUGUCAGGUAUUAUGCUGAUUCAUAUUGUCUGUUUCAAGUAAUCUGUUUACUUGUUAAAUUAGACAUUUUGUGACUAAAUUACAGUCUUGAAGUUGAGAAGUGACUAAA